AUGUCAACAUUCUUCGUAUUUUCAUUGAGUUUUCUAAUUUCAUCAAUAUUAUUUAUAUCAUGCUCACCAAUAUAUCGUCCAUUGUAUAUUUCUUCUUAUGAAGAAAAUGAUAAACCAUAUUACGGUCAAUUGAUUAGCGAUGAAAAUGAUUAUAUUCCAUUAAUGAUCUAUCCAAAACAUGCAUCGAUUCAUCAUUUUCAACGAUCACUUUCAAAUUAUCCUCGAACAAGUCGUAAUUCAUGGUUUCGUGUAUCAACUUAUCAACAUAUGAAACCAACUGUUGAAUCCGAAGAAAAAUCUGCUGGUGAUAAUCUUAUGCGAUGGGGAUGA